CUUUGGUCCCCUCCCCCCAUUCACGCGGUCCGCUCCAAACCAGACGGCAGACACCACCGCUCCACGCAGCCGGCGCCUCCACUCGCGGCGAGCACGUCCGCCAGCUGCCCACGACGCAGCCGGCGCCUCCACUUCUACAUGCCCAUUUAUAUAAUCUAGAUUAACACUGUUAUUUUAUACUAUUAUUAUAGAUUAUAGAUGAUAAAUGUUCUGAAAAACGGUGAGGGAAUAAAGUGAGCGGGGAGUUGCGAAGAUCCACAUCAAUGGCGGAUUACCAUUUUGUGUACAAGGAUUUGGAAGGGGCUUCCACGCAAUGGGACGAUAUUCAGAGGAAACUCGGAAAUCUACCGGAGAAGGCACCGGUAUUCAAGCCGCCGUCUUUCACCCCGGCCGAGGACGAGGAUUCCAAGCCCAAGAAUAGGACCUGGAUCGAUGGCAAAACUGAGGAGGAGCUUGAAGAUCUCGAAGAUGAUCUCGACGAUGAUCGCUUCCUCGAGGAGUACAGGAAGAAAAGGUUGGUUGAGAUGAGGGAAGCAGCUAAGAUAGCAAAGUUUGGUUCCGUGAUUCCAAUUUCAGGAUCUGAUUUUGUCCGUGAAGUUUCACAAGCUCCUCAAGACGUUUGGGUUGUCGUGUUGCUCUACAAAGAUGGAUUCCCAGAGUGCAGGGUGCUUUUGCAAUGUCUUGAAGAUUUGGCGAAAAGAUACCCUGCAACAAAGUUCGUCAAAAUUAUAUCAACGGAGUGCAUUCCCAACUAUCCUGAUCGUAAUCUUCCCACUAUUCUGGUGUACAAUAAUAGUGCUGUUAAGGCAACUCACGUGGGGAUACAUAGUUUUGGGCGGAGGUGCACUUCUGAAAGUGUAGCCUUAGUUCUGUGUCAGUCGGAUCCCGUGCUCAAUGACGGGCAUGGUGGAGAGCAAUCGAGAGAUGCUGUUCUUGACGGGGUGAGGAAGAAGUUUCUGGAGAGGGUUGUUAGAGAGCGCGAAGAUGAUGAUGGAUCUUCAAGUGAUUGACUUACCAUCUUUAAAGUCAUAGUAGGUAAAUGUUUAAAAAAAGAGGCAUGCGCUCCAUUGCAUGGUAAGCCAAGACUUAUACUACUGUCGAGAUAGAAUUAGUCUGAGAUUACCCUAGAUUAAUUUUGUCAUAGAGGGUAAGCCGACUCGUAAUCUUUUCAUAUAUAAGUUAGUAAUACACGAGAAUUUUAAGAGUAAUAGUAGUUGGUAAGAUUAUGUACAAAAAAAAGUGAGAAUUUUAUAAACUAAUUUUUCCAUAUACAUAAAAUAUAUGUGAACGUAUUACGUUUAAAUAA